CAUGGGAUGAGGCCAACAAGAGAGCAAUGGACCUUGUGGAAGCAGAUGGCUGGGUCAGUGUCCACCCUUUCGACCAUCCCUUAGUGUGGAAAGGCCACAGCACCCUCGUUAAGGAGCUGAAGGAUUCCCUGGACGCCAAGCCAGGAGCCAUCGUGCUGGCAGUGGGAGGCGGCGGGCUGCUCUCCGGGGUGGUCUCUGGCUUGCAGGAGGUGGGCUGGCUGGACGUCCCCAUCAUCGCCGUGGAGACGAGAGGGGCCGACAGCUUCAACCAAGCCCUCCAGGCUGGACGACUGGUCACUUUGCCUGAGAUCACCAGUGUGGCAACCUGCUUGGGAGCCAAGACGGUGGCACAGAGAGCCUUGGAUUGUGCCAGUGAGUGGCCCAUCAUCUCCCACGUGCUGGACGAUGUGGAAGCCGUGAAGGCCAUCGAACAAUUCCUGGAUGAUGAGCGGAUAUUGGUGGAGGCAGCGUGUGGCGCCCCCUUGGCCUUCCUCUACUCAGGUUACCUCCAGCAGCUCCAGGAAGAAAGACAUCUCGGCCAGCAACUGGAUUCCGUUGUCCUCAUUGUGUGUGGUGGGAGUGCCAUUCAGAUGGAGAUCCUGCAGGCAAUGAAGAGCCGGCUUGGGAUGGAGUGAAAUCCUGGUUUGAGCAGUUAGGCUGCUUCCUAUGUUCUUGUUGUCUGAAGGGGUUCUGGGAGUUGUAGUCCAAAAAUCAUCUUUCUGUCACCUAGUCCAGAUUAAGCUUAAGCACACUCUCAACAUCAUACCACGGAUGUAUUUAGUGCUAAAAAAGAUUCCUGCCUAUCAGGGACACUUUACAUUCAUAAAAAUUGUUUGUUUGGAACAUUAAAAAUGAAAAAUCA